GGAACCCAGGACUUUACUCUGCCAUCUCAGCCAGCCCCGUAGUAACCUGUGCUUCCCCUUCCUUUCAGGACCUGACGGGCAUAGAAUCCAUGGAUCAGUGUCGCCUUGCUUUGGAGCAGCAUAACUGGAACAUGGAGGCUGCAGUCCAGGACAGACUGAACGAGCAAGAGGGUGUGCCGAGUGUUUUCAAUCCACCUCCUUCCCGACCCCUACAGGGGCUGCUUGGAUGGGGUUAUUACUUGAUAAUGCUUCCAUUCCGGUUUACCUAUUACACGAUACUUGAUAUAUUUAGGUUUGCUCUUCGUUUUAUACGGCCUGACCCUCGCAGCCGGGUCACUGACCCUGUUGGGGACAUUGUUUCAUUUAUGCACUCUUUUGAAGAGAAAUAUGGGAGGGCACACCCUGUCUUCUACCAGGGAACGUACAGCCAGGCACUUAACGAUGCCAAGCGGGAACUGCGAUUUCUUUUGGUUUAUCUUCAUGGAGAUGACCACCAGGACUCCGAUGAGUUCUGUCGCAACACUCUGUGUGCACCUGAAGUCAUCUCAUUGAUAAACAGCAGGAUGCUCUUUUGGGCUUGUUCUACAAACAAACCCGAGGGUUACAGGGUCUCACAGGCUUUACGAGAGAACACCUAUCCGUUCCUGGCUAUGAUUAUGUUGAAGGAUCGCCGCAUGACUGUGGUGGGCCGGCUAGAAGGCCUCAUUCAACCUGAUGACCUCAUCAACCAGUUGACGUUUAUUAUGGAUGCAAACCAGACUUACCUGGUGUCAGAACGACUAGAAAGGGAAGAAAGGAACCAGACCCAAGUGCUGAGACAGCAGCAGGAUGAAGCCUACCUGGCUUCUCUGAGGGCGGACCAGGAGAAAGAAAGGAAGAAGAGAGAGGAGCGAGAGCGGCGACGCCGAAAGGAGGAGGAAGUGCAGCAGCAGAAGCUGGCAGAGGAGAGAAGGCGGCAGAACUUGCAGGAGGAAAAGGAAAGAAAGUUGGAGCGCCUGCCUCCUGAGCCACCUGCAGAUGACCCCGAGAGCGUCAAGAUCAUUUUCAAGUUACCCAAUGACUCCAGAGUAGAGAGACGAUUCCAGUUUUCACAGUCUCUAUCAGUCAUCCAUGACUUCUUAUUCUCCUUGAAGGAAAGUCCUGAGAAGUUUCAGAUUGAAGCCAAUUUCCCAAGACGGGUCCUGCCUUGUGUCCCUUCAGAGGAAUGGCCCACUCCCCCCACACUGCAGGAGGCGGGACUCAGCCACACAGAGGUUCUCUUUGUUCAGGACCUGACAGACGAAUGACACUUUUCUGCCUCUUCCCUCCCACCCCAAUCCCUAAAAGAAAUGGAAAAACAAAAAGAGAGAACAAGAGAUAAAUUCAUAUUAUUAUUAUUAUAAUACAAUAUUUUUUUUAAGAAAACUGCUGCAUCCUAAGGAAGGAUCAGAAACCAUGCUGCCUGCAAGAGUCACAACCACACUGUGCGUGUGCAGGGUCAGCAGUGAACAAGCCUGCUCGGCAGACUCACCUUCCCCAGCCUCUGCACACACCUUCCAGGAAGAGACUUCACUUCUGACCCAUCUGUCCCCAGUGGGAAAGGAGACAUUCCCUCUGUCUCGCAUUCAUUCUUGCUUUUAUAGAAAACACAGACGAAACCCUCCAUCAAGCAGCUACAGCAGCAUCUCCUGAGGAGGAGCGGAAGCCAGGAUGGAACAGACUGCUCACAGUUUACGAAUAACUUUGUUUCUGUUUGUUUUGUAAUGAUAACGACCAAAGGAAUGAGGCUGACUUAGGUGUAUUUUUUUUUUUUUUUAAAUUUAUUUGAUAAAGAGCAGAUGCCCUGGGCUCCUUAGCCCAAGGCAGUGUAAUAAAGGUGCCCUGGGCUAACUUGCGCUUAUUUUUGCCACUGCUCCUCUCAUAUCCCAGAGAGGUCAUUUGUUUUGGUGCAGUUCUGCUUCGUGUGUACCCCAUUUGGAGCAAUUCUGGGAGAAGAAUUCUGGGUUUUGUGCUCCACAAUGGAUUUACACCUGUGUUAUACAUAACUGCAGCUUUUCCUUGGCAUCUGUAACAGGUAGUGGCGAAGGGUCUGGUUGCCCUCUGCACAUGUUGCUCUAUCCAGCUUUCCUAACUUGCCAAGCUCAGUGCCUUUCCAAAGGACUAGUGGGACCCGUCCUGUUGAGUGCAAGUGUGAUAAUAAUGCUUUAAGGAUAGAACCAUGGCAGGUGUGGUGGUGCACACCUCUAGUCCCAGCGCUGGGAGGCAGAGGCAGGCAGACCUCUUGAGUUCCCAGGCCAGCCAGAGCUACAUAGGAGACCCUGUCUCAAAGAAAGGGGAGAUGGGAUCCCAGCCUGUGGAAGUUGUUGGAAGGUACCUUUCAAUUUCUGAGGAGGCCACUUUGCAGAGGCAGCUUUUGGCCUCCCUCUUUCACCAUGUUGAAGCAACAGAGGCUUUUUCUUCUACAUGUCUCCUCUAUGGUUUAGUUUAUGGUUGUGGGUACAUGAUCAAGCCACGCAUUAACAACCAGUGUGCACUGACAAGUAUUCCAAAGUGUGGACUAGCUAGACUGGUACAGGCUUGACACACUGCAGCCCUCUGAAGUAACUGUAACCAUUAACAUACUGUCAUUAGGCAAGCAAGGCAUUCCAGUCAAGAGAAAGCAUAGCUUGUGUUGGUCCUCUCCAGAAGCCCCUGCUUUCUCUGGCAGCAAUGUGCUGUUGCUCUGUUAGAGGGAGUGGGUGGGACUAGUUCAUGGAGUCCUUUGGAAAACCUGAAAAUGUCCUGUGGCCUUAGCACAGGGCUCUAAGUUCUACCUUGGGCAAUGUUAGCUCUGCUGGCUGUCUGCCAGGGCGGGUAGAAGCCACACCUAAUGCCAAGACUGUAGUGAUGGGACUAGAUGGGUUCAGAUGAAGUCCUAUCUCAGUGACAGCUAUGCAGGGGCUUUUCCACUUGGAGCCUGCCUCCCAGUUUUAGUCCCUGUGUGUCUGUCUGCUUGGCACACAGGCAGCUGUACUGUGGAAGUCUCUUGCUCACACCUGCUUGAGGAAGUUGUGAUUUUCCCCCUUUCCUCAUUCUGUAACAUGUACAUUUUAUGCUUCCUGCCUUUUGAUAACUACAAAAAGAUACUAGAUGCCAGAGUAAUAAAAGGGCCUCCUGAGGGCAACCUGUUCGUGUACUGGAGGCUUUAUCUGAAGGACCUGCCUGACUCUUGUCAUCUCUCCCUUCCCCUGAGUUUUUCUCUGAGCUUUGGUGGCCCAGGCUGGCCUCAAAUGCUACAUACCCAAGGCUGGCCUUGAACUCCUACCCUCCCGCUAACCACUCUCAUGUGGUGGGAUCGUGGAUGUGCACCACCACACCAAGUUCUCCAGGAGCUUGACACGGCUCCAUUUUCUUGCUGCCCCUAGUUGUGUCGUCUGGGUGCCGUUUCCCCCCUUCCUAGGUAACGUAUGAACUUGACAUGUUGUCAUUCAAUCUGGGACUCCCUAAGACCUGUGAGUGUGAAGAGACCUGCCAGCCUUUGCUUAUGUUUAACUCGCUUCUGGGCAUGUCAUGAAUGACAGAAGUUCUGUCCCUUGUUCCCACGGAUGUGACCUCAGCUGAAUGACCAUGAGGAUGAUGAAGCGACGAUGCCUGAGUGAGUUGAAGUUUUGCAGCUUCAGUGGGUCCUAUCUGGUCUUCCUCGGCAGAGUUAUCUGCAGCAAGUAGGUUUGUUUUUGGUUUUUUUCUCCUUGCUUGCUUCCACCAUGAGAUAACAGAGGAGAGAUGGCAGGAGAAUUCCUGUCUGUUUAAAAAACUAAAAGUCUCCAACUGAUCUGCUCUUAGGAAAAUUGCUAAUGAUUGCCAAGGCCAACAAAAGAGUUUCAGAAACUGACUGAGAAGGAGCAGUAGCACCCAAAACACAAAAUCAGAGGGUGUCGCCUGGUGCUGGACAGGGACCUCCCACCUUACAGCUGGUUGGGUUUUCUGUUUGUCUGGGGGAGGUUUUGACUUGAGAAAAACAGCAACAGAAAAUCCAUCCAUAAAAGAUGCAGUACCCCAGCCUGUACUGCACCUGAGUAGUUAAUUUCCUGAAGAAAUCUAGUGUACUUCAAAUUUUUUUCAUAAAGGUUUACAUUGUAUUGUAGGUUAACAUUAAACGUUUUAUAACAAAAAAAUA